AUGGCUCCAAGAACACCAGCUGAUAAGCUUGGUCAUGCAUCUACAUUACAACUCCCCACAUACGAUAAUGAUGAUCAAUCUUCUACAAAUUCAACUACCCCAUUACAUAAAGAUGAACCAACUUCUCAUUCUGAAGAAACUACCGAUUCAACAGCCACCCCCACCACCCAUGGUGUUGAACCAUUCCAUCCUCCUAAACUAAUUAAUAAAUCAACUACAUCACCAUCUUUAAAACUCACUUCCAUGUUAUCGAAAACUUCUACUAAACAAAACCCUAAUUUCCCUAUAAGUUUACAAUCAUUAAAUGAUCUUCAUGAUCCUAAAUCUUUAAAACAAUUAUAUAAUUUAGGUGGAAUUGAAAAUUUAUUGACUAUGUUACAUACUUCAACUGAUGGUCUUAAUGAACAUAAUGAAUCUGAUUUAAAUCAACGGAAACAAUAUUUUGGUGUCAAUAAAUUACCUCAAAAAGUUCAAAAAAGUUUCCUUAAAUUAUGUUGGGAAGCUUUAAAAGAUAAAGUUUUAGUUAUAUUAUGUAUUGCUGCCAUUAUUUCAUUAGCAUUAGGAUGUUAUGAAAGUUUUGGUAGUGGGACUCAUUAUGAUGAUGAAGGUUUACCAUUACCAAAAGUUGAUUAUGUCGAAGGUCUUGCUAUUUUAGUUGCUGUUGCCAUUGUUGUUCUUGUUGGUGCUGCUAAUGAUUAUCAAAAGGAACGUCAAUUUGCUAAAUUAAAUGCUAAAAAGGAAGAUCGAGAAGUAAUUGUUGUUAGAAAUGGUGGUGAACAAAAAUUGAUAUCGAUUUAUGAUUUAAUGGUAGGAGAUGUUAUAAAUUUACAAACUGGUGAUGUUGUCCCCGCUGAUUGUAUAUUAAUUCAAGGUGAAGUAGAAUGUGAUGAAUCAGCAUUAACUGGUGAAUCUCAUACUAUUCAUAAAGUCCCAGUAAAUAAAGCCAUGAAAGUUUAUCAAAAUCAUUUACCUACUGAUGAAGAUAUUGGUAGUACAAAAAUAAAAUUCCGGGAUCCUUAUUUAAUUUCUGGGGCUAAAGUGUUAUCAGGGUUAGGUAAUGCUGUCAUUACUGCUGUGGGGACUAAUUCUAUUCAUGGAAGAACUAUGAUGAGUUUAAAUCAUGAACCAGAAAGUACUCCUAUGCAAGUACGUUUAAAUGAUUUAGCAGAAGGGAUUUCUAAAUAUGGGUUUCUUGCUGCUAUUGUUUUAUUUGUGGUUUUAUUCAUUAGAUUUUGUGUGGAAAUUGCUCCUCCUAAUGGUAAUAUGAAUGAUGCUGAACCAGCAGAUAAGGGGAAAAGAUUUAUUGAUAUUAUUAUUACUGCCGUAACAAUUGUUGUUGUUGCUAUUCCAGAAGGUUUACCAUUAGCUGUCACUUUAGCUUUAGCAUUUGCCACAACAAGAAUGGCUCAAAAUGGUAAUUUAGUUAGAGUUUUAAAAAGUUGUGAAACUAUGGGUGGAGCAACAGCAGUUUGUUCUGAUAAAACUGGUACAUUAACGGAAAAUAAAAUGAGAAUAGUAAGAGGAUUUUUCGGAUUAAGUAAACAAGGUUCACCAUUAGAAUUUAAUGAUACAGUGAGUAAUCAACAUGAUCAUCCUACAUCAAUAGAUAUUAUUAAUCAAAUUAGUUCUGAACAAAAAAUAUAUCUUACAACCAAUAUUAUUCUUAAUUCUACAGCAUUUGAAAAUUCUGAAUAUGAUGAAGAAAAAGCUAAACUUGCUAGACAAAAACCAUUACAACAAAAUUUUUUCAGUAGUAUUUUCCAAAAAAAUAAAAAAUCUCAAUAUCAACAAAUGGGAUUAGUUGAUGAACCUUAUUUAGGAAAUAAAACUGAAUCAGCAUUACUUACAUUAGCCAAAGAUAAAUUUCAUUUAUUUGAUAAUAAAUCAUUAGAAACUUAUCGACAAGAAAAUCAUGAUGAUGUGGUACAAAUCAUCCCAUUUGAAAGUUCACGUAAAUGGGCUGGUAUUGUUAUGAAAAUUCCUAAUGGUUAUCGACUUUAUGUAAAGGGAGCAGCAGAAAUUAUAUUUAAAAAUUGUGGAUUUGAAAAUAAUAUUAAUGAUGAAUUAAUUAAAUUGGAUAGAAAUAAACGUGAUGAUGUAUUAACGAAAAUUGAUGAAUAUGCUAAUGAUGCAUUAAGAGCAAUUGCUUUAGGACAUCGAGAUUUUGUUGGUAUUUCAUCAUGGCCUCCAUCAGAAUUGAUUAAUGAGAAAACUUCUAAAGAAGCAGAUCCAACAAAAUUAAUCAAUACUAAUUUUACCAUUACCAAUUCUGCUGCUGCUGCUGGUGCUUCUGCUGGUGGUGGUGGUAGUGGUGGUAAUGAAAUUCAUAAAAUGUUUAUUCUUGAUGCAUUAGUUGGUAUUCAAGAUCCUUUGAAACAAGGUGUUGCUGAAGCAGUAUUACAAUGUAAACGUGCUGGAGUCACUGUUCGUAUGGUCACAGGAGAUAAUAUUAAUACUGCUAAAUCCAUUAGUAAAGAAUGUAAUAUACUUACCCUGGAUGAUUUAUCUAAUGAUUAUUCAUGUAUGGAAGGACCACAAUUUAGAAAAUUAUCAAUACAAAAAAGACGAGAAAUUAUUCCUCAAUUGAAAGUUUUAGCAAGAUCAUCACCUGAAGAUAAAAGAAUUCUUGUUGAUACUUUAAGAAAAUCUGGUGAAGUAGUUGCUGUUACUGGUGAUGGUACUAAUGAUGCACCAGCAUUAAAAUUAGCUGAUGUAGGGUUUUCUAUGGGUAUUGCUGGAACAGAAGUUGCUCGUGAAGCUUCUGAUAUUAUAUUAAUGACCGAUGAUUUCACUGAUAUUGUUCAAGCUAUUAAAUGGGGGAGAACUGUUUCUACUUCAAUUAAAAAAUUUAUUCAAUUUCAAUUAACAGUUAAUAUUACUGCUUGUGUAUUAACUUUUGUUUCAGCUGUGGCAUCAUCAGAAAAUAAAUCCGUAUUGACAGCAGUUCAAUUAUUAUGGGUUAAUUUAAUUAUGGAUACUUUAGCAGCAUUAGCAUUAGCUACUGAUAAACCUGAUGAUUCAUUUUUAAAUAGGAAACCUGCUGGUCGUACUGCUCCAUUAAUUUCAACAUCAAUGUGGAAAAUGAUUAUUGGACAAUCAAUGACUCAAUUAAUUAUUACUUUUAUAUUACAUUUUGCUGGUAAACAAUUAUUUUUCCCUAAUCAAUCUCAUAUUAAUAAUCAUUCAGAAAAACAAUUGGCAGCUAUGACUUUUAAUACAUUUGUUUGGUUACAAUUUUGGAAAUUAUUUGUUACAAGAAAAUUAGAUGAAGCUGAUGAAAUAAAUACUAUUAAAGGAAGAAUUAAUCGAGAAAAUUUAGAUUUUUUCCAACAUUUAUUUAGAAAUUGGUAUUUUUUAUCUAUUGCUUUUAUAAUUGGUGGAUUUCAAAUUUUAAUUAUGUUUGUUGGUGGAGCAGCAUUUAGUAUAGCUCGUCAAACUCCAGGAAUGUGGGCUACUGCUAUAUUAUGUGGAUUUAUAAGUAUCCCCGUGGGACUUUUAAUUAGAAUAAUACCUAAUGUUUGGAUAGAAACUAUUUUCCCAACUAAAACAUUUAAAAAAUUUCUUUAUAUUGUUGGAUUUGGUUGGUUGAAAAGAAAUAAAAAAAAUAAAGAUAAUGAAGAUGAAAUUGAUUUAGAAGGUGGUGAUGGUGAUAGUAGUGGUGGUAAUAAUAAUAAUUCCGAUUUAAAAGAAUCCAAAGAAUAG